UAGUAUCAAUCAUGCUACUGAAUGGUUAUGGCUUCUACUUUUUCUUUCACUCUCUCUCACACUUCCUCCACUUCCCAUUCCUAUCUCUCCCAAACCAAACACGCUUUUCGAUGUCCCACAAUUAAGUUACCUUCUUCCAUUAACCGUAAUAACCGCCGUGUCUUCUUCAAAGUCUCAGCUUCAUUUUCAUCUUCCUUUCAAGCUUUGAUAUUUGACUGCGAUGGUGUCAUCUUAGAGUCUGAGCACUUGCAUCGUCAGGCUUAUAACGAUGCAUUUCUUCACUUCAAUGUUCGUUCUCCUUCUUCUUCUCCCCAACCACUCAACUGGGAUAUCCAAUUCUAUGAUCAACUUCAAAACCAAAUUGGUGGUGGCAAACCCAAAAUGCGAUGGUACUUUAAGGAACAUGGUUGGCCUUCAUCCACUUUAUUUGAGACUCCUCCAACUGAUGAUGAGGAACGAGCUAAGUUGAUUGACACUCUUCAGGAUUGGAAGACUGAAAGAUACAAAGAUAUAAUCAAGUCUGGCUCUGUAAAACCUAGACCAGGAGUUUUGAGAUUGAUGGAUGAAGCCAGAGACGCUGGGAAAAAGCUAGCUGUUUGUUCUGCAGCUACUAAAAGUUCAGUUAUUCUUUGUCUUGAAAACCUUAUUGGACUCGAGCGCUUUCAAAGCCUUGAUUGCUUCCUUGCUGGUGAUGAUGUGAAGGAAAAGAAGCCCGACCCAUCAAUAUAUUUGACAGCUUCCAAGAACCUGGGUAUAUCAGAGAAAAACUGCUUGGUGGUAGAGGACAGUGUUAUUGGUUUACAGGCAGCAACAAAAGCAGGGAUGUCCUGCGUGGUUACCUACACAUCUUCCACUGCUGAUCAGGAUUUCAAUGAUGCCAUAGCAAUCUACACUGACUUGAGUAACAUAAGCUUGAAAGAUUUGGAGUUACUAUUUCAAGAUAUUGUGGCUGCUAAAUAGGAGAAUUGUUUAUGAUUUGGAAAUGUUACCAUACAAGUUGUCUUGAAUUGGUUUCUUUGAGGAAAACGGGUUGAAAGUUUGAGGUUUAUCACAAGGCUCAGAUCCUAUGUUAUAUUUUUUUUCUUUUUCAUGUUUGUAUGUAUUAUUCAUUGAUAACAGAUGUAUACAUAGACAUAAUGUGGAUUCAAUUCGUUGAAAAAUGUAAUAAAGAUCACAAUCCAUUGUUUUAUUUUGACUCC